AUGUCAGCUACCGUAAAUCAUUUGGAAAUCCACGUCACUUUUGAAGAUGGCAACCAAUCAACUUAUCAUAAUAUCUGGUUAAGAGAUAAUUGUCAUUGUGACAAAUGUUAUUAUUCCAUCACUAAACAGAGAUUAUUGAAUUCAGCCACCAUUAAUGAUGAUAUCAAACCUAAAGACCUCAAAGUGGAAAAUGGUAAGAUUUCAAUUGUUUGGGACCAAGAUGACCAUGAAAGUGAAUAUGCCUUUGAUUGGUUGUACUUACAUUCAUACAAUCCGGUUUUAGUUCCAAUGGACGAGAAAGUUAAGGGAGAGAAGGAAACUUUAAAGAUGAAAUAUUGGGCAGUAAAAGAUAUUGCCAAUGAUUUACCUACAGUUGAUUUCAAUAAAGUGAUGAACUCGAGUGAUGAGACUGAUGGUGAAGAAGCUAUCAAAGAUUGGUGCUUGAAGAUCUGGCAGAAUGGAUUUUGUCUUAUCGAUAACGUUCCUGUUACUCCAGAAGAUACUGAAAAAUUAUGUGAAAAGUUGAUGUUCAUCAGACCAACCCAUUAUGGAGGAUUUUGGGAUUUUACUAGUGAUUUAUCAAAGAAUGAUACUGCAUAUACUAACUUUGAUAUUUCAUCUCAUACCGAUGGAACUUAUUGGUCAGAUACUCCAGGAUUACAAUUAUUCCAUUUAUUGUUUCACGACGGAGAAGGUGGUACUUCUUCGUUAGUCGAUGCCUUUAGAUGUGCUCAAAUUUUAAAAGAAACUCAUCCUGAAAGUUUUGAUUUAUUAACAAAAAUCCCUAUCCCUGCACAUUCUGCAGGGGAAGAGAAAGUUUGCAUUCAACCCGACAUUCCUCAACCUGUAUUCAAAUUGGAUAAUGAAGGACAAUUGAUUCAAGUUAGAUGGAAUCAAAGUGACAGAUCUACUAUGAACAAUUGGUCCAAUCCUCAAGAUGUUCCUAAGUUUUAUAAAGCUAUCAAACAUUGGUACAGUAUCAUUUCAGAUAAAGAGAAUGAAUUCUUUUAUCAAUUGAAACCAGGUCAAUGUUUGAUUUUUGACAAUUGGAGAUGUUUCCAUUCCAGAACCGAAUUUACUGGUAAAAGACGUUUAUGUGGAGCCUAUAUCAAUCGUGAUGAUUUUGUAUCACGUUUGAAAUUGUUAAAUGUAGGAAGACAAUACGUUUUGGAUUCCAUUUAA